UUAUUAUCUGCCUCCUGUUUCACUGCUUUCCGUUUUUCGUUGCCGAAGUCGAGGGGGAAGUCGUUCCAAUAAACAACGAUGGGAAUCAAUUUGGGCGAUACGUUCCCGAAUUUUGAAGCAAGUACUACCGAAGGCACGAUAAAAUUUCAUGACUGGCUGGGAGACUCAUGGGGCAUUUUGUUCUCGCACCCAGCUGACUACACCCCAGUCUGCACUACAGAGCUGGGCCUCAUGGCAAAAAUGAUUCCAGAAUUUGAAAAGCGCAAAGUGAAAGUAAUUGCUCUAUCAAUUGACAGUGUUCAAGAUCACCUAGGAUGGAGCCAGGAUAUCAAUGCCUACAUUGGAAACAAGCCUGUUGAGAAGCUGCCAUUUCCCAUCAUUGCUGACGAGAAGAGAGAACUGGCUGUGCAACUCGGAAUGCUUGAUCCUGCAGAAAAGAGCAAGGAUGGCCUCCCAUUGACUGCUCGUGCUGUGUUUGUGAUUGGCCCUGAUAAGAAAAUGAAGUUGUCCAUCCUCUACCCAGCGACCACUGGGAGGAAUUUUGAUGAAAUUCUAAGAGCUAUUGACUCUCUGCAGUUGACAGCUUGCAAGAAAGUUGCCACACCUGUGAACUGGAAGGUGGGUGGGGAAUGCAUGAUUCUUCCCAGCAUUAGUUCGGAGGAGGCAGCCCAACUGUUCCCAAAGAAAUAUCGCACUGAGAAGCUCCCUUCUGCAAAGGAAUACAUGCGCUUCACACCCCAACCUUGAAACCAGGCAGCAGCUUGAGUUCAGUUACACUACACCUCUUGUGCCUGUCCAUUUAUUCAGUUAUUGUAUGAAGAUAAAAUUGAAUUUUAUGGUAAAAGAUUAAUUCUAAUUAAGCCUUCUACCAAUAAAAAUCUAAUUUGUGGAGUGUGACGUUUUGGUAGUGUAUUUGUAAUC